AUGGUAUCUCUAGAAGUUUCGACUGAGUUUAGAAUGAUAGUCAAUGCAUCAAGAGUGUCUAAAAACUUUUCUGGUGACACAGCUCUCCCUUCACCGGCGCAACUGAACGUUAUAGUCAGUAAUGAGUUACUAGGGGAAAUAAUGUUUGUUAUCAAAUUUGGAUUCUUACUUCCCCUUUCAUUUAUUGGUGUCAUUACCAAUACCCUGAAUAUCGUUGUGUUCUACCAGCAAGGUUUUAAAGAAGGUUCGACAAUUUCCAUGACUGCCAUCUCUGCUUGGAAUCUCCUCAAAUCCAUUUGCGGCAUUGUGGUCAAAUUAUAUUAUCCAAUCGGAUUUGCAAACCAGGUUCUUAGUGUAAAUUGGUAUAACAUUACCAUCCCAUAUAUAGACUAUACCUCUAUAUACGCUGGCUACGUGACCUUUGCCCUUGCCGCAUUUUUAUCGCUGGAGAGACUGUUAUGCGUCUGGAAACCUUUCACUGCGAAGUCUUUGCUAACACCUUUAAUAACUCUGUUAUCUGUUAUAACCAUUUCUAUUUUUACUUUCGGUGCCUACAUCGUAGUCUACUUCAUAUAUACCAUUAAAUUUGAAUUUAGCCAGACUUUGAAUACGAGUGUUGCCAAAUUUACUUUAAGUCAGUUCUAUUUUGAAAAAUCUGGCAUCGUCAUGGUUUAUUAUCAAAGUAUUGGCAUACUGAUUCCAACUGUCAGUUUCAUUGUGAUGUGUAUUUGCUCAGUACUGACCGUAGUUCUGCUGAGGAAGUCUUCAUCACAUCUCCAUCAAGAUCAUACAAGUAAUAAAACAACUUCCAAACGAGAAAAGCAAGUGUCAAGGACAUUACUGACCAUCGUCAGCAUCUACAUCAUCAACCUGUUUCCCAGAUUUAUUUUUUACAUAGCCCAACUGGCGGAACCAGAAUUUUACAAUCUACGAAAAUACAGCAAUCUGUUUGUGAUGGUGGCUCUGUUGCUCUUCGUCAUAGACUUUUGCAAUUCAUCCAGUCACUUUUUUAUAUUUUUGAAAAUGAGUUCAAGCUUCAGAGAUCAAUUUAUGAAAUGCAUCGAUGUUACAAAUGUUCCAUUGAAAAGACAUUUUGUGUUAGACUAA